AUGAAUUUUGGUGAAAAACCCAAUAAUCCAUCUCCUAAAGAUGCUUUAAACUUCUUUGUUGCAUCAAAUACUACAUCUCAUUUCAAAAAAGAUUCAUAUCAAAAUUUAGACAAAAUGAAAGGUAUUAUCACCAAUGAAUCUGAGCCCAAGCCUUCAAGCUUUAAUCCUCCUCAAGCAGUCAUGCUUGAUCUAAGGCUAUCAAAUGAAGGCUCUAGCAUGGGAUCUAGGGUAGAUCCAAACCUUAGCCCUAAUAUCAACCAAAAUCGAUUAAGGCCGAGUAGUUCACCUAGUAAACCCAAGAAUAGAGAAAAUUCCUCAAGGUCUAGGGUUUUCACUUGUAACUAUUGCAAAAAGGAGUUCCCCACCUCUCAAGCUUUAGGAGGCCACCAAAAUGCUCAUAAGCAAGAGAGGGCACUCGCGAAAAGGAGAAAAAAUGGAGGCUUAAGUCAAGGGGCGAAUUAUAGUCAUUAUCCUCCUCCAUACUAUCCUUAUCCGGGUAUGCAAAACAUGUCUUAUUAUGGAUCAUACAAUAAUCGAUCACCUCUAGGGAUCAAUCCAGGGUCGUCUAUGACUCAGAAGCCCUCAUGGUCGAUGCCUAGUCCUCAAAUUGGGCAUUUUGUGGCCUAA